AAAUGGAAUAAUUUUGAAGAGCGUACUAACAAAGCGAAAGGAGAAGCAAGAGAGAGAUUUUUCCCGCAGAAGAAAAACAAAAAAUGAGUGGAGGAUUAUCACAAGACUGGGAGCCGGUGGUGAUCCGGAAGAAGGCGCCGACCGCCGCCGCACGCAAGGAUGAGAAAGCUGUUAACGCUGCCCGUCGCUCCGGUGCUGAGAUCGAAACCGUCAGAAAAUCUACUGCUGGCAUAAACAGGGCUGCCUCUAGUAGUACGACCUUGAACACCAGGAAACUUGAUGAAGAUACUGAGAAUCUGGCUCAUCAAAAAGUACCAACUGAACUAAAGAAAGCCAUCAUGCAAGCUCGACAAGAUAAGAAGCUGACUCAGUCUCAACUUGCUCAGCUGAUAAAUGAGAAGCCUCAAAUCAUCCAGGAGUAUGAGUCAGGAAAGGCAAUUCCAAAUCAACAAAUCAUCUCUAAACUGGAGAGAGCUCUUGGUGCAAAACUUAGAGGAAAGAAAUGAAGAGCCUCUUGGCUUCUCAAAUUUCUAUUCUAGUUCUAACUGUGGCCAUGUACAUGGACAACUUUUUCUGUUAGCCCUCUUUCUAUAACCACUGUGGUCAAGGGCGAAUUUAUGUACUAAUUUGGGUCACCCGAACCCGUGGUCAUCCGACUAAACUCGAUAUAUUACUUCUAUAAUUAUUAAAGAAUAUAUUAAAUUAAAA